AUGGAAAAACUCGGUUUAAAAAGCGCCUUCCCAUAUGAGUAUGGCUCAGAUUUCAAAAUGACAAGGUUGAACAUUCUAAAUUCUACCAGGUGUGAAACCGAAUUUUUGUUUUCUAAUAUAAAGAGAAUUAUGCUCAGUGUUUGGAAAUAUUCAUACACCCUUUUGAGUUUUUUUCUUGACUCCACUAAGCUAAUUAUGAAUGAUGUUAUCACAAUCAGCUCCCGAGAUUUUGCUACGAAGUUACAAAUUGGUGCAAGUCAAAGGGAAGAUCAAGAGGAUACUCUGGCAUCGACAAUACUAAUGGGAAUGAUUAUCGGAUACUCGAUAUCUUUUGGGAGAAAAAGUGCUUUUUUUAAAAGGCAUAGAAAUCCAACUGAAUUGAAGGAAAGUAGUUCCAAGCCUAGCGGAUCGAUAUCCAUUGUUAUAAAUUUCAUGGAGGACAAUCUAACUUAUGAUGAUGAUUUUAUUCACGAAAAUGUUGCCAAAGAGUUCAUGAUCUCACAAUUGGAUGACUCCGUUCUCAACAUUCAGAUUCCAAACACGAACACUUCAGACAAAACGGAUCGAGUUUUUGAGCAUGAUAUCUUGGGUGAAUACGACCCUUUUAACGGCGAAACUGCAACAGGAGUACUAGUGCCGCCAUACCAGUCAAACGCUGGCUUUAAAGCAUUGACCAACGAUAUAUCACCUCAUUGCACGAAAAGAACACUCUUUGGAAAGACUGAAGGAGGUACCAAUGAAAGGAUAAAAGUGGUUGAGUACUUAACAGGAGACGACGAAUAUCUGCUUCAUGAUACUAAACAACGUACACACAAGAGCAAUGCAAUCGUAGGAAGAUUUUUUGUUCAAGAUAAUACUGCCUCUAUGAAUGAGCAACUCCGUAAUAUCCCUGGGCCUGUUUUAGUAAUGAACACCUGGUUAGGCGAUGAACUUUUCUUAACGAUGUUCGAUAAAGAAUCGUCCUUUUUCAGCGACAGCGUUCCAAUCAAGAAAAUUGGACCGAUUGGAGAAAAGCAAGAGCUAUUUGAAGUUGUAUCCCAUAGGGAGCUUAUUUGCUACGAUAAAAAUCGAAGUUUGAAUAGAAUUUACAAUUUGCCCAACAUCGAAAAACAAGAAAUUUGCUUCAAGAAGGAUAAGACCUCACGUCCGUCGAAAAAAUCAUUAAUGAACGGAAAAGAUGCAGCCUCGAUUUUGUUGUGGUACUCCACUCAUCUAUAG